AUGACUUCCUACAGCUAUCGCCAGUCGUCUGCCUCCUCGUCCUUCGGGAGCCUGGGCGGUGGCACCAUGCGCUUCAGGGCAGGAGGCGCCUUCCGUGCGCCCAGGAUCCCCGGGGAAUCAGGCGGACGUGGCGUGUCAGUGUCCGCCCGCUUCGUGUCCUCGUCCUCCUCCAGGGGCUACGGUGGAGGCUAUGUGGGCGCCCAGGCCGGGUCCAACGGGCUGCUGGUGGGCAACGAGAAGGUGACCAUGCAGAACCUCAAUGACCGCCUGGCCUCCUACCUGGAGAAGGUGCGCGCCCUGGAGGUGGCUAAUGGUGACCUGGAAGUGAAGUUCCGUGACUGGUACCAGAAGCAGGGGCCCGCGCGCAACUACAGCCACUACUUCAAGACCAUCCAGGAGCUGCGGGACAAGAUACUUGGUGCCACCAUUGAGAACUCCAAGAUUGUCCUGCAGAUCGACAAUGCCCGUCUGGCUGCGGAUGACUUCCGAAAGAAGUUUGAGACGGAGCAGGCCCUGCGCAUGAGCGUGGAGGCCGACAUCAACGGCCUGCGCAGGGUACUAGAUGAGCUGACCCUGGCCAGAGCCGACCUGAAGAUGCAGAUUGAAGGCCUGAUAGAAGAGCUAGCUUACCUAAAGAAGAACCAUGAGGAGGAAAUCAGUGCUCUAAGGGCCCAGGUGGGUGGCCAGGUCAGUGUGGAGGUGGAUUCCACUCCGGGCAUUGACCUAGCCAAGAUUCUGAGUGACAUGAGAAGCCAAUAUGAAGUCAUGGCUGAGAAGAACCGGAAGGAUGCUGAAGUCUGGUUUACCACCCAGACUGAGGAGCUGAACCGGGAGGUUGUUGGCCACACUGAGCAGCUGGAGAUUAGUAAGACGGAGGUCACUGACUUGAGGCGUACCCUCCAGGGUCUGGAGAUCAAGCUGCAGUCUCAGCUCAGCAUGAAAGCUGCCCUGGAAGGCACGCUGGCAGAAACGGAGGCUCGCUUCGGAUCCCAGCUGACACAGAUCCAGGCUGUGAUCAGCAGUAUUGAAGCCCAGCUGAGUGAUGUGCGCGCUGACACUGAGCGGCAGAACCUGGAGUACCGGCAGCUCAUGGACAUCAAGACACAGCUGGAGCAGGAGAUCGCCACCUACCGCAGCCUGCUGGAGGGCCAGGAAGCCUACAACAACCUGCCCACCACCAAGACCGCCUGAGUCCAGCAGCCUCCUGGGUUUCCUGCGGACCAGCAGAGGGCUGCCCCUGGGUGGGGGCAUGAGAGGGGAGGGACCCUUAUGUCUGGCUCUCUCUCUGACCUGCC